UAGCACCGCGGCUCGGCCGCUCCCAUUGGCUGGCGCGGCCGUUCCUCAGCGCGGCCCAGCGGCGAGCGGCGGACGGCAGCAGCAGGACGCGGCGGGGCCGCGGAGGCGAGUCCCGGUGGCGGCGGCGAGGAAGGGCCGCCCGCCCGCCGGCGCCCAAGGACCUGUGGGCGCUGCGCUAUGGGCAAGAGGAGCAAGCGGGCAGCCGACAGCUCGUCCUCGGGAGACGAGGAGGAGUAUGUGGUGGAGAAGGUGCUGGACCGGCGCGUGGUGAAGGGCCAGGCCGAGUACCUGCUCAAGUGGAAGGGCUUCUCCGAGGAACACAACACUUGGGAGCCGGAGAAGAACCUGGAUUGCCCGGAGCUGAUCUCGGAGUUUAUGAGGAAGUAUAAGAAGAUGAAGGAGGGCGACGGGAACAAACCACGGGAGAAGGCAGAGGGUGCCAAGAGGAAAGGAGGGCUGGGCGCCGGUGGGGACGACAUCAAGGCCAAGAAGAAGAGGGAGAGCAACGACAUCGCCCGGGGCUUCGAGCGGGGGCUGGAGCCCGAGAAGAUCAUCGGUGCCACCGACUCCUGCGGGGACCUCAUGUUCCUCAUGAAGUGGAAGGACACGGACGAGGCCGACCUGGUGCUGGCCAAGGAGGCCAACCUCAAAUGUCCCCAAAUUGUCAUCGCCUUCUACGAGGAGCGGCUGACCUGGCACGCGUACCCCGAGGACACGGACGGCAAAGAGCGUGACCCCCCCAGGAGCUAAGGGCCCCCCCUGUACAUAGCCCCCCUCCCCCCCAUCAUCCUGUGUCGUGUCCCCCCCCCCCAAUGUCCCCAAGGGCCACCCUGCCCCCUCCCCACAGCUUUGGGGGCAGGGGAGGGGACAGUCCUGCCCUGGGGGGGGGGGGGGAGAAGGGGAACAUGACGUUCUCUUUGAGGGGGUCUAAAGGGGGGGGUGCCCCCCACAUUCCCCCCCCCACCCUGAGGGGGGUGUGGGGCAGUUUGGGGGGGGGGGGGGGAGGGCGGCCCCAUUUUUUUGCUGUUUUUUCUAAGGUUUGGUGUUUUUAGCCAGGGCCCCCCCGGGGGUGUCCCCGUGUCCCCAUGUCGUCCCCCCCCAUCCCGUGUCCGUCCCCCCCCCCUCGUAUUUGCUUCCAAUAAACGGUCACUUUUCAGGA